CCCCCAGCCCGGCUCCAGGACACCGUGGACUUCUCCCUGGCAGAUGCCAUCAACCUCGAGUACAAAGCCAACCGGACCAACGAGAAGGCUGAGAUGCAGGAGCUCAAUGACAGGUUCGCCAACUUCAUAGACAAGGUCCGCUUCCUGGAGCAGCAGAACAAGAUCUUGCUGGCUGAGCUGGAGCAGCUGAAGGGCAAAGGAACCUCCAGGGUGGGGGAUCUGUACGAAGAUGAGAUGAGGGACCUUCGCAGGCAGGUGGACCUCCUCACCAACGAGAAAGCCAGGGUGGAAGUGGACAGGGACAACCUGGCCGAUGACCUCCAGAGACUCAGAGAAAAGCUGCAAGAUGAAAUGAUUCAGAGGGAAGAGGCUGAAAGCAACCUGCAGUCAUUCAGACAGGAUGUUGACAAUGCAUCCCUGGCACGUAUUGACUUGGAGCGCAAACUGGAAUCCCUCCAGGAGGAGAUCAUCUUCCUGAAGAAGUUACACGAUGAGGAAAACCGUGAACUUCAAGCUCAAAUCCAAGAACAACACGUACAGAUAGACAUGGAUGUGGCCAAGCCCGACCUCACAGCAGCCCUGCGUGAUGUCCGUCAACAGUACGAGAACGUUGCUGCUAAGAACCUGCAUGAUGCCGAGGAUUGGUACAAGUCUAAGUUUGCUGAUCUGUCUGAAGCUGCUAACCGCAACAAUGAAGCCUUGCGCCAGGCUAAGCAGGAGACCAAUGAAUACCGCCGGCAGAUCCAGGCUCUCACCUGUGAGGUGGACGCAAUGAAAGGAUCUAACGAGUCUUACGAGCGCCAGAUGCGCGAGAUGGAAGAGAACUUCGCCCUUGAAGCCGCUAACUACCAGGACAAUAAUAACCGCCUCCAGGAUGAGAUCCAUAAAAUGAAGGAGGAGAUGGCCCGCCACCUGCGCGAGUACCAAGAUCUGCUCAACGUAAAGAUGGCUCUUGAUAUUGAGAUCGCCACCUACAGGAAACUGCUGGAGGGAGAAGAGAGCAGAAUCAGCAUUCCAGUGAGUUCCUUUUCCACCAUGAGCUUGAGAGAAACAAACCUUGACUCUCACCCAGUAGAGAGCCAUUCCAAAAGAACACUUCUGAUCAAGACCGUGGAGACCAGAGAUGGACAGGUCAUCAACGAGAGUUCCCAACACCAUGAUGACUAUCAGGAAUGA